AUGCGCGAAACCCUAAAAUUGAAAUCUCUCUCCUCCAGCAGCAGCUUCUCUCUCUUACAACAGCUUCUCUCUCCUCCAACAGCUUCUCUCUCUUCGAGCUUCAACAAUGGAGGACGAUUUAAUCGAUUUGAAUAUCGAUUUAAAUCGCAAAACUUUGAGAAUCAUAGAGAAGUAUAUGAUGUUGAAGAUGAAGAUGAAGGCACAUCUCAGCAAGUUAUGGUUGCAAAUCAAUGUAUUGAAGAAGGUUCAAUAAUACAUUCAAUUGAUACAAACCACAACAUCUUUGAAAAUCCAAAUAAUGAGCAGGAAGAAAACAUUGAUAAAGAAUUAGAUGGCAGUUUAAUUGGAGAAGCAAGGAAAACAACCGAUGAGAUUUAUGAUCUAUAUUGCAAACAUGCUGCUAUUAUUGGUUUUAGUGUACGAAAAGGGAAGAAUAGAUAUAAAGAAGGAACCACAAUUGUUAAUGGAAAAUACUUCUACUGCUCUGCUGCUGGAAUAAGAGACCCUCCUAAAAACAAAGAACUCAAAAAUGAAGAUGAUCAAUCAGAUGCAAAAAAGAAAGAAAGGAGAAAGAGGGUUAUGAUAACAAGAACAAAAUGUGAAGCUCAAAUAUUUGCAAAGAAGAAUGAAAAUGGAGAUUUUGAAAUAGAAAAGCAUGUAGUGGUACAUAAUCACCCAUUGACAAGAGAAAUAAGUAAUUAUCUCCACCGAUCGGAACGACAAAUGACAGAACCUAAAAAAGAAGCUAUUGAGGCAAUGUCAGAAUGUGGUCUAAGACCAAUGGAGUCUUAUAGGUAUAUGUCAACAGAAACUGGCGGAGACGACUGUGUAGGUCAUACGAUGAUUGAUCAUCUAAACUACUGCUACAAGUUAAAAAUGAAGCAAAUUGAUGGCAAGGAUUCACAAACACUAGUGAACAAACUGUAUGACAUACAAUCAAUAGAUCCCGAGUUCUUUUUCAGAGUAAGACUCAAUGCUGAAGGAAAAGUUGAGUGCCUAUUUUGGAGGGAUUCUAUGAUGAGAGAAGAUUACAAAAUAUAUGGAGAUGUUCUAGUUUUUGAUACUACAUUCAGAACCAAUAAGUACAAUCUCAUAUGUGCUCCAUUUGUUGGUAUCAAUAACCAUUGGAAAAACACAAUGUUUGCUUGUGCUUUCAUUGGGGAUGAAACCACAGAAUCUUUCGUUUGGGUGUUUGAAACUUUUCUGAAGGCUAUGGGAGGAAAGCAUCCUAUAUCAAUUUUCACUGAUCAAGAUGCAGCUAUUGCUGCUGGAAUAGAACAGGUUUUUCCUUCUUCAAGACACAGGUUAUGCUUGUGGCACUUGAGUAAAAAUGCAAACAGUAGGUUUGGUUUAUUGAAGUCUGAUAAAAACUUCAAAAACGCAUUCUACAAGUGUUUAAGUGGGUGUAUAACACCAAAUGAUUUUGAAGAAACUUGGAAAUCUAUGAUCAACACUUUUAAGCUGGAAAAAGAUGACUGGUUCAACAGAUUGUAUGGUCUUAAAGAAAAAUGGUGUACAGCUUUAAGUAAAGAUUUUUUUUCUGCCGGUAUACUUUCUUCACAAAGAAGUGAAAGUACAAACCAUGCUGUUGGUUUUAAAGCAAAUAAAAGUACAACAUUAACAGAGUUCUAUAGUAUUUUUCAAGCUACAAUAAAUCGAUGGAGAAAAACCGAAGAAAAAGACGACUUUGACUGUACAAGGGGAAUACCAACUUCAGAGCUAAGUAUGAGUGCUAUAUUAAAACAUGCAGCAAAUGUAUACACGAUAACACUUUUUCGUGAUUUUGAAGAAGAGUUCAAGCUUUCUGUGGCAAGUAGUACAAUGUUCAAGGGAAGUGUAGGAAGAACAAUGUUUUUUGAAGUGUGGAUAGAAGGAAUAACAGAGUAG